CUCCGCUCUUAUUUUGAAGGAGCGAUCUAUAGUUCCGGUAACGUUUAGAUAUAAACUGUCACUGAGUCAGUUGCAUCAGAACAUAACCAUCACUGCCUUCAUCAAGUCUACGGAAAUCAGUUAAAAACAAGCAGAGAUGUGUGGUAUCUGGGCGUUGUUCGGCAGCGAUGAGUGCCUCUCGGUGCAGGUCACCAGCGCCAUGAGGAUCGCUCACCGCGGCCCCGACGCUUUCCGUUUCGAGAACGUUAACGGCUUCACAAACUGCUGCUUCGGGUUCCACCGGCUGGCCGUGAUGGACCAGCUGUACGGCAUGCAGCCGCUGCGCAUCAAGAAGUUCCCCUUCCUGUGGCUGUGCUACAACGGAGAGAUCUACAACCACCUCGCGCUGAAUAAGAAGUUUGGCUUCAAGCCCCAGAUGGCGGUGGACGGGGAGGUUCUGCUGCACCUGUACGACCGCUUUGGGAUCAAGAAGAUGGCGGCGCUGCUGGACGGCGUGUUCGCCUUCAUCCUGCUGGACACCGAGAAGAAGAAGGUGUUCGUGGGGAGAGACACGUACGGAGUGAGGCCGCUCUUCAAACUGAGCACAGACGACGGGUUCCUGGCUCUCUGCUCAGAGGCCAAAGGUACCGUGGGUCUGGGGCCUUUCUUUGUAUUUAUUGAUGUAACGCGGUCAGUGUGUCAUUAAUACACAUGUCUGUAA